AUGUCCUCAUCAAACACCACUACUACUAAAAACCCCAAAUCCAAAUCCAAAUCCCAAUCCCAAACACAAGAAGAAAGACCCCAUCUAUCCGCCAACUUCGCCAACCCAUCAUCGCAAAGAAUCGACUACGACCAUGAAGUCUACCUCCACUUAAUGUCCGGGGAUGAUGGUGAAGACACCCGCAAGGACAAGAAUAAAAGCAAGACGCCGAAUCAGGUGUAUAGGGAGGGUGUAUCUGAUAUUAGGAGUAUCCCUGUGGUAGAAUAUCGUGCGAAGACAUACGACUCGCGCGCUGGAUCCGGCAGUGGUGGACCCUAA